AUGUCUUCUCGGUGUUAUUUAAGCAGUGAACAAAAAGAGAAGUUAUCAAAUUUGUGGGAGGAAGGAAUGACAACAUUGAAAAGGAAGGACCUUUUAAAAAAGGCAGUAGACAUGACUGGUCUUGAUGAGCAAGUGAUUAAGAAUUGGAUUGGAAAUCAAAAGCAUGCCAGGGGAAUGGCAAUAAAAAGAGGCGAAAGAGAGCCUAAGGAAAAUCUCCCCAGCAAAAUUCGCAGGAAGUCAGCAUACAGCGUGUUCAAAAGUAAAUUUCUUGCAAGUGAAGAAGUUAGGAAACUGAGAAAUGAAGGUGUUAGUUAUGCUGAAAUUCAAAGGCGAGGAAAUGAGGCAUACCAAAAUCUAAGUCAAGAUGAAAGACUUGAAUUUGAGGGACUUGCUGCAAAUGCAAAUGAAAACCUUUUGACCUCGGGUUCAAUUAGCAAGGAAAGAAUGGUUAAGAGAAUCAUAGCAAAUAUAGAAACAAAUAUGAAACAGCUUGAUGAGUUGGGUUGCCCAUCUAUCUGGUUGGGAUAUGGAGGGAAAGUUCCAGAGCGCCUUUAUUCGCCACAGAUGGUUGAUCUUGCUGACGACGGUGUUUUCACUAAUUAUGUCGUGUCGAAGAUGGUAAACAAAAUAGCUCGAUCACAAAUGCAGGCAGUAACUGGUGGACAGAAACGACGUUACAAACAAAAGAGAGAAACCGUUGAUGUAACCAAGUCACAGACACAGCCAAGUUGUCCUGAGAUUUCUGACCCGGAUAAAUCGGCCCAUGCUCCUGAAACGAGUGUGGAGAUUGGUAAAGCAGUUGAAAUCGUCAGUGCGGAUGGAAAAACGGUGGGAAAAGGUGUUGUUACGGCUCAAGAAGAGGUUCAUGGCCGCCAGCUUACCUAUGGGUGGGUGCCAAUUAUGGUGCAAGAUAUUGCUCCGGAUAUCAAGCCGUGGUCCGACUUUCCGACCCACUCCAAUUUAGUAGAGAAUGGAAGUUUUGUCGCUUGGCCAAAGGCCUUUUUAAAGCCUGUUAAGAAUUAACGUUGACAAUCAGAAUAUUGUGAU